ACAUAAACACGACUGAGGCUUUUAACAGCUGGAUGCAAUCUAGUUGUCGUGUUCCCUCCUCUAUCCUCCAGUUCAAGAAAGCAGACAAAUGUUUUUCACCUGUAGUUUCUGUUUGGCAGAGCAUAUUGAGCCCAGAUGCAUUCAAAAUAUUUAACACCCUUUAAUGGUCAUGGAUUUAGGCCAGAAUAGGAGAUAUCACCAAUGAAGCUCCAAAGAAAACUGAAUACAUUUUUACAAAACAAUGAGCUGAGUGCCGCUUUAAAUGUGUCCGUCACCCCUGGGCCAGUCAGCAUGUGUAUGGAAGGAGACAACAUCACUUUGUCCUGCUUAGUGUCUCAGAAGAAGAGAAGCAGCAGUGUCCUGGUGCUUCGUUGGCUCUACUUCCCCACUCCUGAAGACGAGCACCUCGUGGUCAGGAUGGGCAUGAAGAAAGCCAAGUAUUACGGCAACUACAGCAAGCACUUUCCCCUGACAAAAUUCCUCCUUUGGGAAGAAAUGGACGGACAGAUCUACCGUCUGCUUAUUCUGAAUGUGUCCCUGAAAGAUGGGGGUAACUACACCUGUAAAGUGCAGGAAAUACGGAAGCACAGAAACAAGUGGAGGGCCUCGUCGAAUGGAACAGGGAGCAUGGAAUUAAGAGUACAUCAUAUACCAAGCCCAGGAAAAGCUGAUGUCAUAUGGAGCAUGUUUGAAGAUUUGUAUCUGUGCGCUGUGCUCAUCUGCUCUAUCGGUCUGGUCUGCAUGCUUGUCUUUGCCAUGACUAUCACAUGUCAGCACCUACAGCACAAACGAAGACUACGAGCCAAUUAUUACCUUGUGAAGUGCCCAGAAAACAGCUCAGGGGAGACAGUAACCAGUGUGUCCAGCUCCUCUCCUGCAAUGCACAGAAAAGAGAAACGACACAAACCUCAGCUCAGAGACUUCACAGAACCACUACCACCACCACAGAUACCAGCUAAAGCACCUGCACCAAGAAAACCACGUAGAAGCAAACUUUUAAAGCCACAACCUACAAAAACGCCAAGGGUGGUAGAGGACAGUCUGACAUACGCAGAGCUGGAGCUGGUGAAACCGAAGCCUGAGCUGAAAACAGACUCCACUGGAUGUGCACAACUUGAGCCCAAAACACACUGCACGGGGACUGUUUACGCCCAAAUACUUUUUGUGGAGAAGCAAGUGUAAAUAUGUAUAUUAAGAGUUUCAUACCAAAAUUAUUUAUGAGAUUGUAUAAAAUAUUUUUUACCUACAUACUGAUGUUCUGGUAUUUCACAUGUACUAUACUAGUAUAACUCUGUAAUACAACAGCAGGAUUUUCUUUUGAUAUAUUUGGGCACAUUUGUGUACCUCUAGAUUUAAGACUUUGCUUUCUGUAGCACAAAGAAAGAACUACAUUAUGAAUUUAACUCCAAACAUGCAUAAUUUGAUUAUGCAAUUUUGUAAAAUAUGUAACAAUUUUAUUUUUUUGCUAUGUUGAAAUAAAGAUUUGUCCUCUAAAAGCAGAGGAUGAUACAGUAUGAGA